GAUUCAACAUAUUCAUCUAUCACCAUCUAUUUCCAAAUCACAACUGAGCAUUGAUUUCAUCACUCACUCCAAAAAUGGCAACUCUUCGAACUCCUGCGCAGUAGGUUGAGCUUCUAACCAAGCCACCUCCCAUUGCCAGACUUCCUGGAGGCGUCUCAGUCGAAUACAACACCGUAGCAAUGUGGCAAGGUCUCAAUUGUGCGGGUAAGAGAACCGACAUAUGUCUGGAUAAUUAUACACCUUUCCAGCGCCACGUAAUCACAAAUGAUCAAUUCGACAAUGCCGCUUGUGCUUUGUACAAUUUACCAAUUGGCGUUGUAUUUACUCUCAUGGGUGGCGGAAACAACAGUGUCCAAGUAGGCAACCUCGAAAGUGGUGGUCACUGUAUUGAUCUAGUCGGUACUGGCAAGACGGAAUCAUGUGACUUUGCUAAUAUCGGUAUGGAUGAUACUGCAUCCAAUUUCUUCUGGCGAAGAGUCGAUCUCAACAUGGGUGCGAUAGAGAUAUUUGCCGAUCCAAACUUUCUCGGGAACCGCGCAACGAUAUGGCUCAGUGAGUGGGAACCUGGAAGAGCUCAAUCGCUCCAGGGUUGGGGAAUUGACAACCUUGCUAGCUCUUUACGCUGGCGCACUUUAUCGGAUCGUCAGUAUGCUUCAUUGUAUAAUACAUGGGCCGGGGAUGGUGACGCUUAUAACAAUGUUAAGGGUUGGGGUAACGUCAAAGAAAUCCCAAAUCUGAAUGAUGUCAGGAUGGAUGACGUUAUAAGCUCUUUCAAGUGGGAAAGAGUGCUUCCCAAGAAGGAAAUCAUUACACCAUUCAAUACUUCAACAAGUAAUGCCGACAGUCAAACAAAUCUCACGUCUGAAAUCUCAGGAACGAACGACUCUACCGAAGUACAACACGUCGAGGUUUCUAUCGAUGAUUCAACAUCCCAAACAGUCACUGUUGAAACCUCAGAUCAACAUGUAGUAGGUGUCAGUGCAUCAUUCAGCCAGACUAUGACUGCCGGUGUAGAAGGUAUUUCAUCUUCUUCAACAACAUGGGGUGUGCAGCUUUCUUAUUCCUAUACAAAUACCACCACCAAGACCAAUUCCACCACCAAGACCGUUGCUUUGAAUGUCAAGCAAACUCUCAAUGCGCCUGCUCGAACCACUUAUAGGGCUACACUAUUGGUGGCACUUGGACGACUUCGUGCUGCUGAGUAUGUAACAACUGCGGAGCGCUGGUAUUCUGAUCCGGUUAUUGGUGGAGUAGCCGAUUCCUCAAAUAAUAAUUGGUACAAGAGAAUUGAAUCUGUGAGAAUGAGCAUGUCGGGAAGUCUAGCAUGUAGGACUGUGGCGAACAUUGUGGCGACACCAAUUCGUUAAGGUCCAAAUUGGUCAUGUUGGCUUUUUUCAUAUUUUUCAUUGUUAUUUCUUUUUUCAGUUUAGAAUCUUGAAUUGUGGCAUAUGUAUCUGGUACCUCACUUCCACGCUCCCUCAUGUUAUAGGUUUUCGAAAUUAUUCACUUGGUCCCUCA